AACCGAUCAGCUGAUCACCGACAUCCAUGACGCUGUGUUUUUAUUCUGGAGUCCAUCGUAGAGCCGGCCGGCUGAUCUCGUCCAUCAUGCUUCUCCGCGUCCCGUCGUCAUUACGGACAAAUGACGGAUGUACGGAGCUCAUCAUGCGGCGCAUGUUAAACCUUUUACAGCAACUAAUUACAUAAAUGAAGGUGUUAUUUUUGACAGCAAAUGAAAUGCUAGUGUAUACAGCCUUUAAUUUAACUGCGAUUAUUAGAUCCUGAUGGUUGAGCUGUGUGAAGGAGGCUGUCCUGGUCUACGUGGUGGACCAGGUGCAAGCCCGCGGGCUACCUGUCCGUCCACACUGCGCUGCUGUCUCUGUUCAACACAUCAAACAUCUCACUUUGUCUCCAGUCAUUCCACAGACUUCGAGGUCCACAGGAACUGGUUGGCCAUCACCCACAGUCUGCCGGUCUCCAGGUGGUACUACGAGAACCGGUCUGAGUGGACCCUGGACUACCCGCCGCUGUUCGCCUGGAUGGAGUUUGGGCUGUCCCAGGUGGCGCGGCACUUUGAUGAGAACAUGCUGCAGGUGGAGAACCUGAACUACGUCAGCCCGUCCACCGUCCUGUUCCAGAGACUGUCCGUGGUCUUCACAGACCUAGUCUUCAUCUACGCUGCCAGAGAGUGUUGCAGGUGUGUUCAGGGGCCAAAGACUUCCCGGGACGUUUUGAACCGGCCGUCCUUCAUCCUGGCCGUCCUGCUGCUGUGGAACUUUGGCCUCCUCAUUGUUGAUCAUCUUCACUUCCAGUAUAACGGCUUCCUGUUUGGUUUCCUGCUACUGUCAGUGGCAAAACACCUGCAGUCUCAUCACCUACAGGGGGCGCUGCUGUUCUCCAUCCUGUUCAACCUGAAGCACAUCUACCUGUACGUGGCCCCGGCUUACGGCGUCUACCUGCUGAGGAGUUACUGCUUCACACAGGACAACACAGACGGUUCGGUCCGCUGGAGGAGUUUCAGCCCGCUCCGUCUGCUGGUUCUGGGCGGCAUUGUGACAUCGGUCUGCGUUUUGUCCUUCGGGCCGUUCAUCGUCAUGGGUCAGCUGCCCCAGGUCCUGUCCCGGCUCUUCCCCUUCAAGAGGGGCCUCUGCCACGCCUACUGGGCCCCGAACAUCUGGGCCCUCUACAACACGCUGGAUAAGAUGUUGGCAAUGCUCGGUGUUCGUCUGAAGCUGCUGGAGGAGACGGAGCUUCCCCGAGCCUCCAUGACAGGCGGGUUGGUCCAGGAGUUCCAGCACUCUGUCCUCCCCUCCAUCUCUCCCUCCAUCACACUCAUCUGCACCCUGAUCUCCAUCCUGCCAGCGGUGGCGUCUAUAUGGUGGUGUCCUCGUGGACCUCGAGGCUUCCUACGCUGCCUGCUGCUCUGCGCUCUUGGAUCAUUCAUGUUCGGCUGGCACGUCCAUGAGAAGGCCAUUCUGAUGGCCGUCCUCCCUCUGAGCAUCCUGGCGGUGGAGAGCAGAGAGGAUGCUGGGAUCUUCCUCAUUCUGACCACCGCGGGACAUUAUUCCCUGUUCCCGCUGAUCUUCACCCCCCCAGAGCUGCCCAUCAAAGUCUGCCUGAUGCUGAUCUUCACCAUCUUCUCCUUCUCUGCUCUCAAGAAGCUGCACAGUGGUCAGGGAUCGCUGCUCCAUCCACUAGAGGUCAUCUAUUUGCUAGGCCUGGUUGCCAUGGCGAUUGCCUGUGAGGUUGUCUUCCCUCUGUUGCCAUGGCAGCAGAAGCUUCCCUUCCUCCCCCUGCUGGCGACCUCGGUGUACUGCUCGCUGGGCAUCUGCUACUCCUUCCUGCGUCUGUACGCCAGCCUACUGCGAGCGGACCACAAACCCAAACAGUCGUGAGACGGCGCCACACAGGUUAGAUCCUUUCACACACCCACACACCGGGAACGGAGGCGGAGUUCAAAUGGAAACUGAUCUGCAUCCGUCCUCCUCUUUGGCUCGCUGCGCCAAACUGAAAAGCUGAACUUCUUCCUUUGAUCCGGGAAGACAUCACAGAAAUAAAUUUCCACUGGUGGAUCCAAAAAACCACGAACCCAUGAAAAUGAUCUGACAGUCGUUGAUGCUGCAACUGAAUCACACACGUCCAUCUUUGAGGAACUGAUGGUGUUUUUUGUGGACCAAACUGCUGAAAAAUGCUCAUGUGUUUUUUCUUUUGUAUUUUCAAAUAAAGUAAAAAUGAGUUUC